GUCAUUAACGACUGGUAUUGUCACAGCAUAUUUAGAAAGACUUGGGGCUUAAUUCGGAAUAGACGCUUAGUUGCUGUUCUACCUAGAACUCUUUGUAAUUAAAGACUUCAAUUUAUAAAGAAUUGGUCUUUCUGUUGAAAUAGCUGAAAUUUUUUAGUGCAAGAAGUGGUUAUUAGAGAAAAAGUGAGUCACGAAGAAAUAAAGAUGAGUAAGAGCAAAGAUGAUGCUCCUCAUGAACUAGAGAGCCAGUUUAUCUUACGCCUACCUCCGGAGUAUGCCUCUACUGUGAGGCGGGCGGUACAGUCUGGUCAUGUCAACCUGAAGGACAGACUGACAAUUGAGUCACACCCUGAUGGGCGUCAUGGAAUUGUCAGAGUGGACCAGGUCCCAUUGGCAUCAAAAUUGGUAGAUCUGCCAUGUGUUAUGGAAAGUUUGAAAACCAUCGAUAAAAAAACCUUUUACAAGACAGCUGAUAUCUCUCAGAUGCUUGUCUGUACAGUUGAUGGUGAUCUCUAUCCUCCUGUUGAGGAACCAGUUGCCACUGCUGAUCCCAAAGCAAGCAAGAAAAAGGAUAAGGACAAAGAGAAAAAGUUUAUAUGGAACCAUGGAAUUACUCCGCCUCUAAAAAAUGUCAGAAAGAGAAGGUUCCGUAAGACAGCAAAGAAGAAAUAUAUUGAGUCUCCAGAUGUGGAAAAAGAAGUAAAGCGGUUGCUGAGCACAGAUGCUGAGGCUGUCAGUACCCGUUGGGAAAUAAUUGCCGAAGAUGAAACAAAAGAAGCAGAAAAUCAAGGCCUUGAUAUCUCUUCCCCAGGAAUGUCUGGCCACAGGCAGGGCCAUGACUCAUUAGAACAUGAUGAGCUUCGGGAGAUAUUCAACGAUCUCAGCAGCAGCAGUGAAGAUGAAGAUGAGACACAGCAUCAAGAUGAAGAAGAUAUAAACAUCAUUGACACUGAGGAAGAUCUGGAAAGGCAGCUACAGGACAAGCUAAAUGAGUCAGAUGAACACCACCAAGAAAACGAGGGAACUAAUCAGCUGGUUAUGGGAAUUCAGAAACAGAUUGAUAACAUGAAAGGCAAGCUCCAAGAGACCCAGGACAGGGCAAAGCGACAGGAGGAUCUCAUCAUGAAAGUGGAAAAUCUGGCUCUCAAGAACAGAUUUCAGGCUGUGCUGGAUGAACUGAAACAAAAGGAAGACCGAGAAAAGGAGCAGCUCAGCUCUUUGCAAGAAGAGCUAGAAUCACUCCUAGCGAAGUGAGGAGAGUUUUGAUACUUAAUUUCAUUCCUGACAGUGGUCAGCCUUGAAAGAAAAACUUUGUUUUCAUCACCUGGACUAGAUAGUCAAACUUUGCAGUAGUUCCCAGUUUUCUCCACUGCCUUCUAUUGGAUUUGUUUUAUAAUUGUGAAUUUCUAUCUCAUUUGUUUUUUGGAACCACUUUGGUGGGUGUUUGUCCUGUAGUAAGUAGGAAUGUAUAGACAGAUAAACGUAGGGAAGUUGUAGGAUUAGUGGAGUGAACAGUUCAGUUUGGUAAUUAAUCACAGCUUCACUGCAGGACUUUGCUGCUGUUUCUCCGUUUACCAGAAGCUGCCAUUGCUACUCUGUGAUGCCAUCUGAGAUAAAUUAGUAGAUUCUAGUUUGGUGGCAGUGAAGUUUGUUUACAUACGUUUUCCCAUGCUGUAGCUAUUUUCCCAGUUAUUCAAAGCAGUUUUCCACAUUUUGCAUUGCAAAUCAUUUCAUAAAGUUGUUUUAACAAUAAAUAAAAGCAAGUAAUUUUCACCUUAAA